AGAGCUUCGGCCUUCCUCAAAUUAUUAACUACCAGACUAAAACUGUAUUUUGAGGGAAAUCAUGCUUUUCAAGUUUACCUGCGCUGUUGUCACCAGGUUAUUAUUCAUUUUAGUGUCUCUCAUCGGUGUAUGGAGAGUGACAUGGGUGAAAAAUAAUUCUUUAUACUGGUUUCUGACUAUCCUUUAUCUACCCCUCGUGGCUGAAAUGAUUUUGACUCUGAGAAGGAGAAAAGGGAAGGACUACAAAUGGUUUUCUCCAGCUAUCCUAUUUUUCCUCAUCAGUAUUAUACCAACCAUAUGGAUCCUUGAGUUGCACCAUCAGCAAAACAGAACAAAUGAUACUAAGUGCAAUAAACUGGAUUCAUCUAUGAGCAUUAAAGUCUUUCUUGAUGAAUGGAGAAACCUGACCAAUGGAACAGCGAAUCCACAGGACCCUUUAAAGUUGUUGACAUCGGUUUGUGCUAAUGACUGGAUCCUGGCCCUGCACCAAAUCCUUCUGAUCCUGCUAAUAGUGGGGAAGUGGCUGCUGCCGAUCGCUGGGGGGGUCACCAGAGAUGAAAUGUCCCAGUUAUUGCUCAUCUUUGUGGGUAUAGCUGCAGAUAUCCUUGAGUUCAUCAGUGAGACACUGUCUGAUGUGAAGGAGAACAAUCCACAGUUCGUGUACAUUGUUCUAUCAGUUUGGACAUGGAGCAUGCUACAGUUUCCUCUUCAUUUCUCAGUGGUGAACACCAAACCUGAGGAUUUUUGUGAAGGCCAAGGUGACUCACUCCUUUCCAAGCACAGAACAGAUAUAUGGAACAUUGUAGAAACGCUUUUUCUUCAAGAUGGCCCCUUCUUUAUUGUCCGACUUACAGUUAUGAUGCUGUUUUCUGUCUAUCAUCAAAUGCUGGUCUUCUUCACCAUUAAGAAUUUUCUAGUGGUAAUGCUGAACAUCUACAGGCUAUGGGUCAUUUGCAUCGAUUACAAAUAAUGAGGUGUACAAAUGUCUAUAUUAAUAUAUUUUGGGUGAACUGUCUUUUUAAGGCACACUUAAAAAUGCCAUUUCAGUCUAAACAAAAUAUCAAACCAAGUGGCAUUUAUUUUCAAGGAAAACAGCACAAAUACACUUUUUAAGCAAAAUUUUUUACAAAAAGAGGUUUGUUAGGUAUUAAAUGAUAAAACAGUAACUAUACUGUUCAAAAGGAAGAUAAAAAGUAUUUGAGCACUGUUGUUAUCUAAUGCAAUGACAUUCAUGGAUUUUUUUUAGUGCGGCUUAAUAUUUUUAAGUGUACAAAUACAUUUUUGGUCCCACUUUAUAGAACAUGUUAUUAUAAUUUAAAUCCAUUUAAAGCAUGCACAUCUAAAAUACAGGUACACUGUUGUCCCAAAAAUGCUUUAAUUCAGAUUUUAUUGUGAAACUUGGAGCUAAAUGCUCUUCAUCAGUCUGAUAUUAUUAUAAUAAUUCGUCAAUUAUUAUUUGUCAAUUUCUGUGCAGAUUAAAUGUUUUGUUGAUUUUCAAUGUGAAAAAACAUAUUCGGUAGUAAACAAGUUUAAACAUAGUUUUGUAAAUUUUAGUGCACAUUUUUUAAUUAUUUGUGGAAUAUUGAAUAUUAAGACUGAACACAAAAAGGUAAAAAAUGACUGCUUUCCAAACCUUUUUUACAACUCUUUUCUGCAGCAUGCAGAAUGCUUCAAGAUCAGAUUCAGUGUAUUCUAGUCUUGCAUGCACAGCAUGUUUGAUAACCAUCCACAGAUUUUCUAUAAAUUCAAUAAAUUUCACUGAGAAGUCACAUCACAAAAUCUUUAUCUUUCAUGGUUAAAUUUUGUGUAUGUUUGGAUCAUUGUCUUUCUGCAGUAUCCACAAUUUUUCAUCUUUGCUUUCUUUACUGGCUUGGAAACUUCCAGAUUAUACUGAUAAAAUAUAAUGCAUGGUUCCCUCCAAUAAUAUGACCUGUACUGACUGCAACACAACCCUAAAGCCUAAUACUGUAUAUACAUCCUAAUGCUUAAAAGUUGGCAAGAUGUUCCUUUCCUUUUCCUUCAAACAUUAGUGAUUGUGACUUAAGGGUUCAGUAUUCAUUUUAUCAGAACACAGCACUCGGCUCUGGCUUAUCUAAGUGUCGUGAUUAAUACUUGCAACUCUGACAUUUGUGCUGAGAUUGCAAAUAACGUUUCCUUCUUCCAUGUAGAUCAUGUUUGUGCACCAUAGGUGCUUUUUCAAUAUUUUGCAUUCCUGACCAGUUUACAAGCAGUUCUAUGAGAGAUAUGUAUUGAGAUAUUAAGAUCUUCAGUAGUUUUCCAAAACUUUAAUUUCAGACUGUGGGACUGUGAGGACAUGUUUUAUUUUAUUUGUUAUUUUUUUAAGUUUUUCAUAGAUUUUUAAGUCUGUUUUCUUUUUUAUUUUACAUACUAAUUUUAGAAUAGAAAAUUUAUAGUGUAUAAAUUGCAGUGGUGUAUAUCUUUUUUUCCACAACAAUGGUGUCCAGGCUUUUUGCAUAUACAUUUUCUAUAUAAACAUAUAAACUGUUUUUUGAAAUUCUGAAAAGGUUUGGUGAGUUCCUAACAACUUUAUAUUGAUAUCAGCAAAUUAAUAACUAUGCUCUAAGGCACUAUAUAGUCUACUCACACUCAGCCCUGCCCACCCCAAAAAACAAAACAAAAAGUUGUCCUGGGCCAUAUUAAUUUUAGCGGUGGCCCUGACUAUUUACUCAUAUACAGUUCAAAAGCCUGAGAAUAGAAUUUUCUCUUUUGGGUGAUUUUGUUUCUUUAACUGUGGCUAAAAUCCAGCAUUUAUGUCUUCACUGACCCCCUGCACUGGCCUAACUGGCUGACAAUCACUUACACUUGUAUUCUUACACAAAAGCUGCGUUGUUUUGAAUGUCCGGAAAGCACACACAUAAAAAUAUUUUCAGUGCCCUGUGCUUUAUGAGGGCAGAGCAUGUUUGAACAGACAAAGUGUUUGUAAAAAGACCAUAUGAUUAAUUAAUUUGGCUUUGGUAUACUUGGAUAUCAUAUGAAGGAAAGAAGUAGUUUCCUUCACUAGUUGUGUUUUGGGUCAGGAAGUAACCCAACUUGCUUACACUGACCUCAUGUCAAGAAAUGACUGCAAAUUUGAUAAAUGGAUGCAUGAGUUGAUUGGUGCUUUUCUCUUUAAACUAAUGCUUAUCUUGGGCUUGAUGAAGUGGAAGUAUUUAAGUCUAAACAGAUAAAGAUGCUUCAAAUGCCAGUAAAGUCAUAACACACAGUAACUGAAAUAAAUAGAACAUGGUUAUGUUAAUAUAUUUGUACUCUGCCUUUUACUUCCAGGCCAACUAGCUGAGAUGAGUUACGCGUAGUAAAAAUUUAAUUUCUCUUUCUUCUGUUUUCUCUUUAAUUACUUCUUCUGUUCUUUCU